AUGGCAGAGGAGAAGCUGCCCACACCACCGUUCAGCAGGGCUGGGGCGCAGGGCUGGACCGAGACUCUGACCCUCCCGCCUCCCUCUUGUAAGGACCCUUGUGAUGACAUCGAACUCAAUGGCGGCGCCCGCUCCACGUUGGGUGGCAGCACGAGGAGUCGUCUAAUUAAGCAGAGGCUUUUCGCGCGGCGGCUGAAGGGCGCGGGGGUGACGGGUCCCGCCCAGGCCGGGGCACAACCGGAUAGUCCGCUCCCUACGCUCACAGAACUUCGCCGGCGCGGGGGCGGGGCCUGGCGCUGCCACGCCCCGCGCGGCGCCGGCGCACUGACGCCAGGGCUGCAGACGACGGAAGCUGGACAGUCGCGCGUCGUUGCCGGGCAACUGUCCAGCGCAGGCCGAGGAGACCCCCCGCAGCCUGCUGCGCCCGCGGGCGGAGGCGGAGACUUGGCCGAGGACACGCCCCUGUGCUGGACCGUUCGCCCAGACGCGUGGAGGAAGAAGCCGGGCAGCGGCUCUGGUCACUUUUGCCUGGGUGACCAGGCUGUGUAUGCGGUCUGUGUCCGUUCCGCAGCGACAGUGGACCCACACCAGCCCAUCCGUACUCCCGAGGGAGCCGCCGGCAGCUGCUGGGCGGCGGGCGAGCAGGCGACCCCGUCGGGCCCUGUCCAGCCCCGGGCAGCUCCCGCACAGCGGUGUGGAUGUCUCCUGAGCAUCUUCCCAUCGCGUCUAUGCGGGCUUGGCGGCACCAACAUGCAAGGCCAGCGGGAGCUGGGGGGAGCACCUGGCCACGUGCCCCCUCUCUGCGCGUUUCUGAGUGACCUCGCAGAGCAAGCAGGCGGGGUUUCCUUCUGCCGGGUUUCUGAAUACAGCGGUGCAGGCUCGGCACCUGGGACACAGGGCGGUGACGCUGUGGGGUGGGCGAGUCCCCGCUCCCUCCUUCCCCCGCCCGAUGGGGAUGGGGAAGCCAGGAUCUCUGGGCGCAGCGGAGAGGGCUUGUCUGCCUCCGCCAGGGGUCCAGACCUAGGGGAACACAGCGGUGCCUGGGGAGAGUUUGAAGGCUUUCGGGAAUCCUCAGCCAGGUCUGAACAAUUCUCUCAGUCCUUUGAGCUCCCGGAGAGGCCCACAGAACCUCAGCCGCCGAGAACCAUUUCUGCCCAAAAGGAGCCUGGUUCUCACCAGUCUCACCAGGGUGGACCUGGGGUGACAGCAACCAGCGCCAUCACACCUUCUGAGCCUAUUGUCAGCUAUGAGAAGAUUUUUAGGUUCGCUUUUCAAGAAGUACCAGUCCCACAGGCAACUGAAGAUGUUUCCACCUUAGACCAUUUCUUAGAAACAAGCAAUGAAGAAAAACUUGGCCUUGAAUCUGUGCAUAAACUGUGUUCUGAAUCCAGAAAACUCUGGAGAGCUCUUCAGAGCACCAGGACCGUGAUGACUUCCCAAGGCCUCUGGAGCGAGUCCCGUUGCCGGGAAAACUUCCUUCUUGUUCUCGGAAUAGAUGCUGCUCAGAAGCGCCCUUCGGAGGGCCCGGGACGCACUCUGGGAGACCCUGGCCUCCACGAGCCUGAAGAGCUCGGCUUCCGCCUGCGCUGCUGCAGAGCCCUGAUCCGGACCAAGGUGAGAGCCCGGGACGCCUGGGGCCUGGGUCUCGGGUUCCAGUCGCUUCUAUCCUUUAACUCUCGUGGGCUCGUAAGAGUCAGAGGGGCGGCAGGCGGCCUCCGUCCUGCCGCUCCUCUGGAGGAAAAGCCUCUUCCGGGAACAGGGUCUCCCGCCCACCCUGGGACCACGUGUCGGGAGGGGUGCGCCGUUAGCAGCCCAGCUCCCGCGGGGCGCGAGCUCAGCCUGGAGAGGCGCGUCCCCACCCCCGCGCCCCAGGACCCCGUGCUGCCCCGGAUGUGGAGCUGGUUCUGAGCGCCCCCUCCCCCAGGGAGAAGGCGGGGCGGCACAGGGUGGAGUGCGGGGUGCCACGCAGGGGGCGCCGAGGCCAAGGGCCUGAUCCGGAGCUGGGGCGGCAGGAGGGCGUGGAGGGAGCGGCGCGCGGAGACGGGGCUCUCGGCGGGAGCCGGCUCCGGUGUGAGUUGGCGCCGCCCGGCUGGCGGGAGACGGGCACAGGGGCCACCCCUCUGCCCUGUGAAACCGCGGGGCAGGAGGCGGAACUUUCUAGAGGCACGUGGCUGGGACCGUCUUAGAGCAGCAAGACAGAAACGUCCCCAGCAAGCCCCCCACCCCCACCCCGGCAGCCCCUGCGGGGACCGCGGCCGCGGCAGCAGCGGUUCGUUGGGAAUGUCCCUGGGGCCACCGGCCGGGUGGGAGGAGGACGAGGAGGGCGACAGGGGCCCGGGGCCCAGCGUGCCCUCCUCACGGUGCAGUCCCGUUUGCUCCGGGAGAAGCUGUGGCUUCUGUCCCCGCGCAACUCUGCGGUGGCAGCGCGUGGGGAGGGGCGCAAGAUGAGGGUAAGGAGACGCUGCCAGAGACGGGCGAGGGCCCCGGGCAGGCGCGGGCGGCCGGGGGCGUCUCUGGGGGCGCGCGUGCUCUCCCCGACCUGUCCCUCCUUUCU